CCCGCCGCCGCGGACGCGAAGGGAGAGCCAUUUUUUCGUCAGCUCCAUCUUCACUCGCGUCCCCUUGGAAAGAUUCGUGACGACAACAGCGGCACGUGGUGUCAUGGCGAGUGCUGUCGUUGGGAACGCCGCUGAUUGAACUGCUCGCGUCGUCUGAUUCGCGUGAUCUCUGACUUGAACCGUCGGCCCGAGUGCGCUAUCACGAUGAAGGAGGAUUCGGUGUUGAGCUUCAAAUGGCAGAGCUUCCCGUCGCACAUGGUCGGCUCGCUCGAUACCUGCUACGAGAAACAACAGUUCGUUGAUCUCUCCCUGGCGUGCAAGGACGGCACGAUUCUCAAGUGUCACAAGAUGGUCCUGGCCAACUCGAGCUCCUUCUUCCGCCGGUUGCUCCUGGCCAACGAUCACCCGCAUCCGAUGAUCGUCCUCCACGACAUCGAGGCCGACGAUCUCAAGACCCUCGUCAACUUCAUGUACUGCGGCGAGAUACAGGUGGUCCAGUCCGAAGUCAGGAGGCUGCUCAAGCUCGCCGAGAUCCUCGAGGUCACCGGAUUACGACACAUCCCGCCCUCGCUCGGCCACUACAUGACCGACAGUUCCAACAACAAGGAGCAAUGUGACGCGUCAAAGAAGACGACGGUGUCGCGCGUCAGGCUGGAGGAAACCAGGAAUUCAUCCGGGAGGAACCCCACCUCGGAGCAACACGAACCGGGCAACACGAAGACACAACAGGUUGGUAAAAUUGGUGUACAGACAAGGUUUGCCGCCAAGAUGAAUCCUUACAAAGCGCCAGCCAAAGUUCCUCAGGAAACGCCCUUGAAGACCGAGGAGAUCAACAUAAACGAACUGUGUCAACGGCUGGAGACCAGCAAUUCCGGUAUCAGUAUUAUAGACAUUAACGAACCAAGCACAAGCAAAGGGGUGCGAAGGAUGUCCCCAAUGCAACAGCAGCAACAACAGCAACAGCAGUGUCCCCAAAAGAGACGGGCGUUUCCAACGCAACCUGAGAUCAGCUGGCCAAGCGUGUUAUCUACGAUAACGAACAAGCCGUUAUCUUUCCAGAAAGUGCGUUGUAUCAUGGACGAGGUAGAGAUCAGCCCAGGGAGACCACCAAUUUCUAUGUCAGAUAAUAAAAUAAACGACCCGCUAGAUAGAAGAAAAGCUAAGAAGAAUUCAAGUGAAGACAACAGUUUGAACACGAUUUACAUAAAGGACGAAAUCGACAUAUCCUCGGACGUGGAGGAGGACGUCGACAUGGACCCUCUAGAAGUUGAUGAAAUCGACAAUGAGAGCUUAAAAGACAGCAGUAAAGCCACACUACAGUUUUUCACUCCGCUACUGCCUCACCCGUUAAAUAAGAACACUCAUCCUCAUGCAGAAUUCUCUCCUAGAAGAGAUUCAAAUGGUUAAUGUAACUUUAAUAUUCAUAAACCGAUCUCAUAAACUGAUAAACUAUUGUAUAUAAAUCUCAAUGCAUGUUUUCCUGACAUAUUACACUUUGAUAUUUAUAUAAACAUUAUAACAUUG